UUACCUCUGUUUGCUCGUUUGUUUAUGAUCCCAAGGUCGCGCACUUUCCCGCAGUCUUCGCAUUUUUAUCAUCCCAUAUUCCUUUCAUAAUGACUUACCUACACCCAUAUUCGAUGGAAGAUCGCUACCACAGGGAUUCUUGUGGCCUAGAUUAUAAUCUUUCCUUCGCCGGUUGUGGUUUUUUGGGAUUAUAUCACCUUGGGGUUUGCUGUUGCGUCAAAGAAUUCGCCCCACAUCUAUACGAGAACAAGCAAAUUGCUGGGGCAAGUGCAGGGAGCAUAGCCGCCGCUUGCCUUAUUUGUGAAGUCGAGCUAUCUGAAUGCGUCCAAUGCUUUGUUGGAAUUAUUAAGAAAUCCACUAAUUACGUACUUGGACCUUUUGACCCUCGGUACAAAAUAACUAAGCAUUUAAAGGAUAGCUUAGAGAAAAUAUUGCCAACUGAUGCUCAUUUAAUAUGCUCUGAUCGCUUGCAUAUUUCGCUUACACAUAGUUCAAGCAAAGGAAAUGUUGUCAUCAAUAAAUUUAAGACAAGAGACGAGUUGAUUAAGGUCAUUCUCUGCUCAUCUUUUAUACCAGUCUUUAGCGGAUUCAUUCCUUUGACGCUAAGAGGAGAAUCGGUUCUUGAUGGUGCAUUAUCAAAUAAUUUGCCAAUACUAAAUAAGUCUACCAUAACAGUGAGUCCGUUUGCAGGCGACGCAGAUAUUUGCCCCAAGGUUUCCCCAACCUCUGGUUUUAAAUCAGCAGCAGAUGCCACUGGUGGCUUAAUGAUUUCUAAUACCAGCUUUCUCAUGAACUUAGAAAAUAUUGUUCGUUUGUUUCAUAUUAUCUGGCCUAUGAGUCCCGAAAAACUUACUAAUCUUGCUUCUCAA